AUGAGUACUAACGAGCAACCAGCUCAUGUUAGUCUUACUAUUCCAUCAGAACGACCACCACCUUCGGAUAAUUUUCAUUUUAUGAAUGAUACAUUUACUCUACCACAAGAUGGUCAAUCAGGUUCAACACAAAUACCACUUUCACAAGGAUAUGCUGGUAAAACAGAAUUUGACACUCAAGUACGUCAUCGUGGUUGGCUUGGUGGUACUUUAGAUGAACAAAGUUAUGGACAGUUACUUGAUACAACUAAUGAUGAUGAUGAUGAUACAAAUGCUGAUGAAAAUCGACCACUUUUGUAA